CUUGGAAGUCCCUUUUAAACUCCCCUCGUCUUCCUCGAUUACCAAAUUUUCGGAGUUUACAACUCGACUCCCUCAUCCAGGCUGUGUGUGAAGCGGUCCCAGGCAGCCCCGGUGUUCAGCAGUCCGUCGGCGGUCUUACACUCGUGCAAUAUGUCCGGAGUGAAAAAGCUUCGUACGGAUCUUAACAGGUCGACCAAUGUGGUGUUCCAGGCCCACCAUGUCAGCCGGAGCAAGAGAGGGCAGGUCGUGGGCACCAGGGGAGGCUUCAGAGGCUGUACCAUCUGGCUCACCGGUCUAUCAGGUGCCGGGAAGACUACCAUCAGUUUUGCCCUAGAGGAGUUCCUCGUGUCCCACGCUAUUCCUUGCUACUCACUAGACGGAGACAAUAUUCGCCACGGCCUGAACAAGAACCUGGGCUUUUCUGCAGUAGACCGCGAGGAGAACAUCCGUCGUAUUGCUGAGGUUGCCAAAUUGUUUGCCGACGCUGGGCUGGUGUGCAUCACCAGUUUCAUCUCUCCUUUCGGCAAGGAUCGUGAUGAGGCGAGGAAGAUCCAUGCAAGUGCCGGGCUACCAUUUUUCGAGGUGUUCAUCCACGCUUCCCUUGAGGUGUGUGAGAGCAGGGAUGUAAAAGGACUUUACAAGAAGGCUCGUGCUGGAGAGAUCAAAGGUUUCACUGGGAUUGACUCAGAAUAUGAGUGUCCGGAUGCGCCAGAUCUUGUGUUGAAAACUGGAGAACUCUCAGUCAACGAGUGCCUCCAGCAGGUGUUGGAGCUGCUCAAGGAGCAGAAUAUUGUACCAGGUGAGAUCAUGGAGGAGGUGAAUGAACUCUUUGUUAUGGAGAACAAGUUGAAUCUUACUGUGGCUGACGCAAACACACUUCCCACCAUCAGCAUCACCAAGUUGGAUCUACAGUGGGUGCAGGUCUUAUCGGAAGGCUGGGCUAGCCCUCUGAAGGGCUUCAUGAGAGAGAGAGAGUUCCUCCAGGUCAUACACUUUGGCAACCUGCUGGAUGGCGGGGCCAUCAACUUGUCUGUGCCCAUCGUCCUGCCUGUUAGCACCGAGACCAAGCAGGAGCUGGACGGCUGUGCAGCUGUAGCUCUGGAGUACCAGGGUUCCCGUGUGGCUAUUCUCAGGAACCCAGAGUUCUACCAACACCGCAAGGAGGAACGCUGUGCCAGACAGUGGGGCACCACUUGUGCACAGCACCCUUACAUUAAGAUGGUUAUGGAGGGAGGUGACUGGCUGGUAGGUGGUGACCUGGAGGUCCUUGAGCGAAUCAAAUGGAACGAUGGACUUGACCAGUACCGCCUUACUCCACAGGAGCUCAAGCAGAAGUUCAAAGACAUGAAAGCAGAUGCUGUAUUCGCAUUCCAGCUGCGUAAUCCGGUCCACAAUGGUCACGCCCUGCUGAUGCAGGACACCAAACGCCGUCUGCUGAAGCGAGGCUACAAGAAUCCAGUCCUCCUACUGCACCCACUGGGCGGCUGGACCAAAGAUGACGAUGUGCCUCUGGACUGGCGUAUGAAGCAGCAUGCUGCUGUCCUGGAGGAGGGCAUCCUGGACCCAGCCAGCACCGUUGUUGCCAUCUUCCCCUCACCUAUGAUGUACGCUGGGCCCACAGAGGUUCAGUGGCACUGUAGAGCCAGAAUGGUCGCCGGAGCAAACUUCUACAUUGUUGGCAGGGACCCUGCAGGCAUUCCUCACCCAGAGACUAAGCAGGACCUGUAUGAACCCACCCACGGAGGCAAGGUCCUCACCAUGGCCCCGGGGCUCACCUCUGUGGAGAUCAUCCCUUUCAGGGUCGCUGCCUACAACAAGACAAAGAUGGCUAUGGACUUUUUCGACCCAGAGCGACAUGCGGAGUUUGAAUUCAUCUCUGGAACCAAGAUGAGGAAGUUGGCUCGAAGUGGAGACAACCCUCCAGACGGUUUCAUGGCCCCCAAGGCCUGGAAGGUGUUGGUUGAGUACUACACCUCUCUGCAGAAGGAUUUAUAAGGAGUGUUAAAUAUAACACCCACCUCUCCAGGAGUAUUUUAAAUAGAUAAUUUUUUCUUAUACAAAAAUACUUUUAGAUUGCUUUGAAUUAUGAGUCAUUCUGGUAUGGGUGGGUGUUUUGUCCAAGUCUUCACCAAAUCAUAAAAAGUUGUCUUAAGCAAUUAAAUCAUUCAAUUUUGACAUUCCUAUAAACCUAUGUGAUUUAUAAAUAUAUUCUAUGUUUAUAUGCAUAUUAAUUUAAACUAUGUAUUUAAAGGUAACUUGAGAGUCUUUUAUUUUAAUUUUAUGUAGGAGCACAUCCCAAGACAUGAAAUCAUUUUUAAUAUUUGCAUGUACUAUCUGAGGGAUGCAAAAAAAAAAGCAUUUUAUGGCAAUAAUAUCACUGUCUGUCGAGUUAUUCGUAUGACCUGAUUGAAAGUUACUUGCAGUUGUAGGACUACCUACAGUGCCUCUUUGGUUUACAUGUAUGGAUGUUAAUUAAUUCAUCAUGUCAACGUUUCAUAUUAGUGUAAAAUACAACAGAUUGUUUUAUAAUGUGAAAGUGCCUUUCUCUCAAAUGUCAACAUUGUAAAACAGAAAUCGUUUAAAUCUCUUGCUGGCGUAUGCCUGAAAUGUCUCUGAGAUUUGUGUGAUUUUAUAAAGUCGCCAUGUACAUUCAUGUAAUAAAGACCUCCAAUUUUAGGAAGAUAAAUGCA